CUUGCAAAAAUGAGGCAUUUUGUGAUAAAUGCAUUCUUCUCUCUCCUCGUCAUUUCUUUUGUUCUAGUGGACGGAGAUGAUAACGCUUGCGCCAAAGGCACCGUCAGCCCAGUGUAUUAUACAGAUGCGGUGCCGCCGCCAUGUCUAAAUAAUAUAACGGCGGCCACAGCUUUUUGCCAGAAAAGCUGCGAAACAAAAACCAACACUACAUUUCCAUCCGUUUUGGGAUCGUGUUAUGUCGAUGACAAACCAAAAUGUGGCUGUCAAAACCAGAGUUCUUGCACCGGAGUGGGCAACGUUGUUUCUCACGCGCCACUCUAUUUUACAGCUCCACUACACAUAACAAAUGUACUAAUAUCGGUCCUCAUGCCAUUCAUAUACAUGUUCCAUUAAUUAAGUGCAAGUUUUUUGUUUUCCCUUUCAUUCUUAAUUUGUACCGUAUUCGUGUCUUCCCUCCUCGCCGGCCGCCGGAUGAACUAAUUAUAAGGGACAGUGUUAAGAUCCGGGGUUCCAUCCUAAAAAGUCAACCUGUUAAGAGGAGUAGCCCGAAGCUUAAUAUAGUACUCUAAUUCUUCUCAAUUUUCCGGUGUGGGACAUUUAACACCCCUCCUCACGACCAGACACUUCGUCUGGAUCGUGUCGUCAUUCUUUUUUUCAUCGGUUCGUCAUUUUUCAUAAGGGACCCCACACCAUGGAUCAGUUUGGCUCUGAUACCAUGUUAAGAUCCGGAGUUCCAUCCUAAAAGGUCAACUUGUUAAGAG